UUCAGAAUUGGUUCAGAUCAAGUGGAUCGAGUUCAGGGAUUUUUGGCCAGACAAAGGAAGUGAAUCAAAGUUCAAGUACCGGGGCUUCUGCUUAAUACUCAAGCAAUUCAGUGCAGUGAAGUUUUACUCUGCGUCUCUCCAAGAAAUCAGCAUGAAGUUCUGGAUUCUCCCACUCGUAUUUUCAGUGAUAAAGGUUUUGGGCAGCAACACUGAUCAGGGCGAUCAGGGUUCCUGUAGCCUGCACAAAAGCUUCCCUGACACCUUCACUUUCGGCGUUUCCACGGCGUCUUACCAAAUAGAAGGCGGUUGGAAUGCAGAUGGAAAGGGCGUGAACAUCUGGGAUACUCUCACACAUGAUCAUCCAGAACUGAUAGCAGAUAAAUCCAAUGGAGACGUCGGACCGGAUUCUUACCACCUGUACAAGGAGGACGUGAAGAGACUGAAGGAAUUGGGAGUGAAUUUCUACCGGUUCUCAGUGUCUUGGAGUAGAAUUCUUCCUACAGGCGAUGUCUCAUCUCUCAACCCGGCCGGAGUGAAGUACUACAGCGAUCUGAUUGAUCUGCUGCUCCAGGAAGGCAUUCAGCCCAUGGUGACCAUGUUCCACUACGAUCUUCCACAGUAUCUGCAGGAUAUGGGUGGUCUGCUAAACCCUAUCUUCGUGAAUUACUUCCGGGAGUACGCUAGGAUCUUGUACAUGAACUACGGAUCUCGUGUGAAGCACUGGAUCACAUUCAAUGAACCCUCAGAGUCAUGCAUUCUGGGCUACGGCAGUGGAGCUCUAGCACCAGUUCUAAAACUCCAUGGAGUCGGAGAGUAUUUGUGCGCUUAUCACGUUCUGCUGGCCCACGCAGAGGCUUAUCAUAUAUACCACAUGAACUACGCUGCCAAAUUCGGCGGGAAAGUGGGAAUAACGCUGGACAGCGGAUGGUUCUAUCAAAAGUCCCCAGGAAAUGAUCUGGUGGAGAGAGCAAUGGCCUUUCAGCUGGGAUUCUUUGCAAAUGCCAUUUUUAGCCGAGAUGGCGGAUGGUCAAAGAUAUUGCAAGAGAUUGUGGACAAGAACAGCAUGUCGGAAGGACGAGUCUGGUCAAGAUUGCCACCAUUCAGCCCUGAAGAAGUGCAAAAAGUCAGAGGAACUGCAGACUUUCUCGGAUUGAAUUACUACACUGCUCGCUUUCUGGAGCCAGCCAACUACGCCGAACCAGCUAAUCCGUCCUGGGAGAGGGAUCAGAAUCUGACGUAUUCUGUGGAUCCCAGUUGGAAGCGUGCCAAAUCUACGUGGCUUUACAUGGUGCCUCACGGAUUGAGGGAUAUUCUUAAGUGGAUUAAACUUGCCUAUGAGAAUCCAGAGGUGAUCAUCACAGAGAAUGGCUGGUCAGACAGUGGAGAGCUGGAAGAUGAUCUGCGCGUGGAGUACCUCAAAGGACACCUUGGGGCUGUGCUGGAAGCUCUUCAGGCUGGCUGCAGAGUGUCUGGAUAUGCGCACUGGUCACUGCUGGACAAUUUUGAAUGGAUGAUGGGCUAUACAGAGAAAUUCGGUCUUUACCGUGUGGACAACAAGGAUCCCGAGAAGAAGCGCGUGGCGAAAAAGUCCGCCAGAAUCUACAAGGAAAUCAUCAAGACCAGGUUCUGCAGCGACAAUUUAUCGUCUGAGGACGGGUACAGCAAUUAAUGGCU